AUGAGGUACACCGACACGUUCGGCUUGCCGAGCGCGAGAACGAUCGCGACACGCUGGAGCUCACCACCAGAAAGCGAUGGCUCCAGGUUCAUCGGCUUCAUGACAUCCGUAUUGAACUGCGGGUGCAUAAACGCGACCUUGAUGCGCUUCAGCAGCAGCAUCCUAACCGUGCCCGGGAAGCUCGGCGAGAUCGUCUGGGGCUUCAGCGACACGCUGAGCGACUGCUUCGCCGUCUCCUCGUCGGGCGUCUCGCCCGCGAGCAGGCGCACGAACGUGGUCUUGCCCGUCCCGUUCUCGCCGAGCAUGACGAUGAUCUCCGAGUCCGUGAACGUGCCCGACUCAACGGUCAGCUUGAACCCGCCGAGCUGCCGCGUCUUGUCCACAAUCAGCUCCUCCGCCGUCUCGACCAUCUUGAAUGAGAGCGACUCUUCACGGAAGCGUAGGUUCUCCGUCGGGAUGAAGCCGUCCAGGAAGAUGUUGAUGCCUGUGCGGUGUGAGGGCGUAGUAGGGUGA